GGACAGUAGCGAGCAAGUCAAUAUUUGCUCUGCUGGUCUUGCCUCGCUACUCCUGUCCUCCAUCUCGUCGCUAUUCAUGCCCCCUUUUCACUGGGUUUUAUUUGGUUGCGUCGUGCCCAACCAAACAGGUGAGAUAGAUCGGUAGGAGUAGCUGGGUGCACGGGUCGUGAUUUCGGUCGUUGUCUUCCUUUGUGAUUAUAUUGCUUCUAUUACUCUCCCCGGUACCUCUACUACAAUCGGAUCGUGCAAUGGCGACAGAUAUGGCGAGUCAGUAUCAGAUGAUGGAGGAGUUGGGAUGCGGGAGCUUCGGCACGGUAUACAAGGCCAUUGACAAGGCCACGGGGGAGAUCGUUGCGGUGAAGCAUAUCGACCUUGAAUCGAGCGAAGAUGACAUCCAAGAGAUCCAGCAGGAGAUCGCGGUUUUGGCAACAUGCGCUAGUCCAUAUGUGACGCAGUACCGCGGGAGUUUCCUGCGAGGUACCAAGCUGUGGAUCAUCAUGGAAUAUCUCGGGGGUGGUUCUUGUCUUGAUCUGUUGAAACCAGGCGUCUUCAACGAAGCCCAUGUCGCCAUCAUCUGCCAGCAGCUGCUGCAGGGGUUAGACUACUUGCACAGCGAAGGGAAGAUCCACCGAGAUAUUAAGGCUGCCAAUGUUCUACUCUCACAAACAGGAAAGGUAAAGCUAGCGGAUUUUGGAGUUGCUGCGCAGCUCACCAAUAUCAAAUCUCAACGCAAUACCUUUGUUGGCACCCCGUUCUGGAUGGCCCCCGAAGUGAUCCAGCAGGCUGGAUAUGACUUCAAGGCGGAUAUCUGGUCGUUGGGUAUCACUGCAAUUGAGAUGAUUAACGGGGAACCACCGCACGCCAGCACGCAUCCCAUGAAAGUCCUCUUCUUGAUCCCGAAACAUCCCGCCCCGAGAUUAGAAGGUUCUCAGUACAGCAAUACAUUCAAGGACUUUGUCUCUCAAUGUUUGACCAAGGAUCCGGAUCGGAGGCCCACCGCUCGGGAGCUCUUGAGGCACAAGUUCAUCCGCAAUGCUGGGAAAACGGAGGCUUUGCAGGAACUCAUCCAGCGCAAGCAGGAUUGGGAUGCUGGGAGAGGAGUCACGGAGAAUCUCAAGUACUAUGCAGAGUCACUCAAUACGAUCACAAAGUUGGACGAUGACGAUGGGUGGGUGUUUGAUACAGUCAAACCCCAGACGAUGAAGGCCCCAAAGGAUAUCUUGGACAUCGCAGAGGAUGAGGACUACAAUGAGGAUUUGGAUGAGCCAACGGAGAUGAUGGAGCACUUGCAUCUUUCCUCGUCGACUCCUUCAAAAUAUCCUCUCAACUCUACCGUUCGGCGAACGCCAGGUGCAGACCGGAGUCCGUCUGUCCGGCGGUCAACCCGUAAGCGCCGAUCCAGCAGCGUGAAGCAGCCUCUGGCUUUGGAUUUGAGUUUUGGGAACAGUCCGUCGGCAGUACGCCAAUUCCGUCGGGUGUCCGAUAAGGCACUCACUGGGUCAUCCUAUUCACCAUCUUCAGCUCCAGAUGAAAACACCAACCCCAAGGAAUUACAUUCCGAAUUGAAAAGUAAAGAAGCCCUGCUGGGUAGACGGGCAUACGGCAAGGCUGUGGGCAUGGCCUGCCAGGAAGUCUUGGGCACUACGGGGGACCAGGAGAAACGGGAAGCGAUUUCUCGGUUGGCAGAGGCCUGGAGCGAUCUGGAAAUGGUCGAUCCAGAGGGUCUUUACCAUAUCAUCCGGGCAAUGAAUGAGAAACUUCACAGUGACCCGAAACUAUCCCCACUUGUUUCCCGUCCUUCAACACCGGAGUCACCGCAGAAGUCAAAACUGGUCCUGGCCCAGAAUAACCCACAUCUUAAAAGCCAUCGACGACGGCAAUCCGAGCAAGCUACAGAAGCUAACCUGUCACCGUCGCAGUUGUCCAAUCUACCCGGACAGCACGCACCCGGGAUGGAACACACCCGGCAGCUAUCAGAAGUGUUGUAUCAACGAUGGUCGGACGGCCUUUGCAACCGCUGGCAUGGUAUCUAAACUGCCAUUCCUCAAUACCGGGUCUCCUUGCAAAUAUAACUAUUGUACAGACAGGGUUCCGGCGUUGUGGUGAGCUUGUAUAUUUUUCAUAUCUUUACCUUUUGCAAAUACUUUCGCUGCGAUGGAUUGUUAGACAUCUUUUCCUUUUGACUGCUAAUUGACCAAGGGCUUAUGUUUAUAUGGCCGCCAGGAUUCUUGUUGCAGAGCUCACAAAUCUGUAAUAGUUGUCACCCACCUUUCUCUCUUUCUUUUGUUGUCUCUCUACCCUUGUAUUAUUUUUUUUUUUUUUCCCGGUCAUACACAAAUUUCCUUCUUCUCAGGGUUAGCAAGGGAGUUUGGUAUUUUUCACCUUCGUUUGUGAUAUAUGGGUUGGUUUGGUCGGUCUGAAGCAACCUCCCUUGGACAGUCCAAUGUUCUAUACACGCGUUGUGAUUCCCGGAUUAUCUGUCUCUCUUUCGCCGGCGUUUCUCUGCCUUGUCGAUUCCCCCGUCAUCCAUUGUCUGAAUAGGAAACUCUUGCAUCUGGCGUACCCGUUUUUUAGCUUAUUGCUGUUGGGUCUAAUUCAUUUCCGGUCUUAAUUUGAGGAUGUAUCUGGGUAAUUACUCCUGCUUCAGAACAGUUAAAUAUGUCCAUUUGAUACCGCACCGUCCUUGCCAAGCCGUGUACAAGCGUCCACAGCAAACAGUAUGAGUUGAUUGGCG